AUGGAAAGCAAGCUGCGACAGGCAACUUCUGGACUUCCCAGCGGACUUCUUACCUCAUUUAUGGCUUCGCACGGAAUGAAACUAGAACAUUUCUUCCCAAGCGGACUGAAUUCACAACGCUUCCCCAAGCAUCUGCCCGCAAUGGUCUUUAAAGCUUCACUAUGGAUUGCUGCAUCUGCAGGAACCGUCCUGUUCAACAAGUACCUUUUGUAUGAACUCGAUUUUCCAUUUCCAUUGUUUCUGACAUUGUGUCAAAGUUUAUUGGCCACCGCUGGAACAUGGGCACUAGAAAAGCUCACAAAUCGCAAUGACGAGAUUGUUCUCGAUUGUAAACUGGUAGUGGUUCUGCCAAUGGGUUUGCUGUUUUCCAUCAGUCUGAUGGCGUCAAAUAUGGCAUCUCUUCACCUGACUGCGACUUGUACUGCUAUGUUGAAAGCCAGUACCCCGGUCAUUGCAUUUAUUCUGGGAUUCCCAUUUCGAAAAGACGAGGCUACCGGGACUCUAUUGCGAUUGCUGAUUGUGAUUGUUGCUGUACUUUUCGUUUCGUACAAGGAAACCCAAUGGCCGUUCGUAGCGUUCAUCUUUCAAGUGAUGGCAGUCAUUAUAGAGGCCGUUAGAAUCGCCAUAAGUUCAGAAUUGAUGCCGGGACGGCAGCUCCCCCUCCACUUUUUCGCACCGAUAUGCGCUGGUGUGAGUGGGCUAGGAUUUCUAAUAUUUGAGGCUAAUAACCUCUCUAUGAGCCACAUCAAUGCACUUGGAAUACACGUGUUGCUUUUAAAUUGUGUAGUGGCCUUCCUCGCGAAUCUGGAAGCGAGUUUAAUAGUGGGAAAAGCUUCGAUUUCGCUGAUGACUGCGUCCAGAUUUGUUAGUGAUGUCGUGGUGAUUGCGGCUUCAACUUUUUUCUGGUCCACGAGUAUAUCCGCCAUACAAUUGUUUGGCUAUGGAACCGUCCUGCUGUGGGGUGUAUGGUACCCGGACCGUCAACGAGUUACAAUAUUGAUAGGCGCUAUGUUGCUGCUUCUUGCUGUUGGGGGUAUACUUAGCUCAAGACCUGAGGUCAAUAUGAAUCACGCUUCCGAGGCAGUAAUUGACAAUAUCAAUAGUACGCCAACCGCUAGCCUGGUAUCUUUGCCCUCUUUUUCUCCUUUACCACUGCCAACUAGGAAGCGAAGCACUCUACGGUUGCUGAUAUCUGGUCAGCGGCUGGCUCCUCCGCCAAGAAUAAAUCCAGCGGCAUCCAAAGUGCUGCUACUGGGUAUAUUUAGUACUGCCGAGAAGUUUGGACGUCGACAAGUAAUAAGGUCGACAUACUUGCAACAUAGAACAUCCAGAAUAGAUGCUAUAUUUGUAAUAGGCAAGCCAAAGAACGAUGUCAUGGGUGCUUACGUUGCCUUAGAGAACCAGCUAUAUUCAGACAUACUUGUUUUAAAUAUCACGGAGAAUAUGAACGAAGGCAAAACAUACGAGUAUUUUGCAGCAGUAGGGAGAGAUUUUGAAGACGAUGAAUAUCUGUAUGUUGCAAAAGCCGACGACGAUUCAUUUAUAUUGUUGCCGAGACUUGAGUACCGUCUAGACGUAGAAGGAGCUGACAAGCGAACAGGGGCUUACUUUGGACAUCAGUGGGACUUUUAUAUGUCUGGUUGGUGUUACGGUCUGUCUUGGGAUCUUGUAAAAUGGGUUGCUCACGAUUCCCAUCCCAAAGCUAACGCUAUUGGCCACGAAGAUUCGAUGACUGGCAAGUGGCUACGAGAUAAGAAUAAGACUCAGCACUUUUGGCCCUUCAAAAAGACAGAGUUCUACGAGCCACCUACUGUGGGACGAAACGCCUUUAAACGUAACGUAACAAUUAAUAAUACCAUUUUAUUGCACGGCCUCAAAGCAGACCUUGACUUCAUCACUUAUUCAAGAAUGCUGCUACAUGAUAUUAUGCCACCACAAUAUAGAAAUAAUUCAGCUAUUUAA